AGUGUCGCAAAUAAUACCCGUUUCCUUCACUUGGUGUUCCAUGGAAACACGGCGUGAGUUUUGUUUACAUACUUGGGGGGCUAAUAGCUACGGACAGCUGGGACAGGGACAUGUGGAGGACAUGCGUGUCCCCCGGCUGUCUGACAGCUCAGUUCUACAGAACCGAGCAGUCCGGACUCUGAGUGGUGGAGGGGGGCACUCCGUGGUCAUCACUGAGAGCGGUGAGUUGUUUGUGUGCGGACAGAAUAACAAAGGCCAGCUGGGACUUGGCCACAACGCUGACACCUCAGCUUUUCAGCUGUGCCCCAUUUUAAACCAGAGGGUCAGAAGUGUUUCCUGUGGUUGGGAUUUUUCUCUUCUCCUCACUGAUUGUGGUCAGCUACUUGCAUGUGGCUCUAAUGCAUUUGGACAGUUGGGUGUUGGAGAAAAAAUCAAGCAGACUGCUGAUUUUCUGGCUGUUGAGACACUAAAGGAACCAGUACUGAGUGUUGCAGCAGGACUUAGACACUCUCUUGUAGUUUGUGACUCAGGCUCUGUGUAUCAAUGGGGAACUGGCCUUUUUAGUCAUGCUAAAAGAACACUCAGUCCACGCCCUGUCCCAUCAUAUCUGUGUGCUAAGGUUCCUUGUCUAGUUCCAGGUCUCAGUCAGAGGACACCACACUCUGUAGUAGCAGGCUCAACUCACUGUGUGUGCCUUACAGGAGAAGGCGAUUUAUUUAUGUGGGGAAGCAACAAGCAUGGCCAGCUAACCACAUCAGAACCCUUUCUGCCCUCUCCCACUCUCCUGAAGCCAUCACUGUUUAAUGGAGAGAAAGUUAUAAGUGUUUGGAGUGGCUGGACUCAUGUGGUCGCUCAAACAGAGAGUGGUCGAGUAUUCACAUGGGGUAGAGGAGAUUAUGGACAACUGGGCCGAAGAGCCUCAAUCAACCAGAAAACAGAGCAGCACUCAGCUGAUUCUGUAUCAGAAGGUGGCCACAAAGCCAGUGAGGCUUGCUUUCCUGAAGAGGUUAAAGUCCUUCAUGGAGCAACACAGGUUUCUUGUGGCUCUGAACACAACCUUGCCAUUGUAGGGGGGCGCCUUCUCUCGUGGGGUUGGAAUGAACACGGAAUGUGCGGCGACGGUUCACAGGCUGACGUCUAUCCUCCUCAGCUCGUUCCUGACCUGAGACCUGCUCUUAUUGGCUGCGGAGCUGGACAUUCGAUGGCAGUGUGCGCUGCGGCGACUGGUUUGAGACAGACUGUGGACUCCACAUGAGAAGCGUUGCAGCACGAACAGUGCACAGAAUCACAAUCAGACCACAGAAACACAAUGAUUAUGGGAAUUAAGAAGCUCCUCAUGCUGUCAGUUCAUCUCCCUGUUCUUCCAACCCUGAGCUAGUUGUCACACUGUAUGUGUCAUAAAUACUUUGGUGAGUUCAGUUAAAGCAUGCGUUUGGCCACCUUUUUUUUUUUUUUUGCUGCUGAUCAAGUCUCAUAAUGAAACUGUUGUGUUUUAAGACUAGACUGAUACUAAAACAUCAUCUUCUAAUAUUUGUACAAUAUUAUGUCACAGGAAAUUGUCGGUCUCUGCUCCUAUUCCUGAUGUUUCUCUUUUUAUUAAUUUCAUUGUCUAAACACACAAAUCAUGUUAUCCUUUGUUCAUACAUUUGUGGGUUUGUAGCUUAUAUACUAUUCAUUUGUUUAAUUUUGACUUUUAGUUGAACCUAUUGACAACAUUUGACCUAAAAAUGCAUGUUUCUAAGGAGAAGACAUCAGCAGCACCAGCUGGAACUCCUAGCCCCGUGCCUAAUGGGCCAAAGGCAUUUAAAACCCUCAGGUCUGCAUGCUUUAAGUUUUUGUUGCACAUGUUUUGCAUUUAAAAUGUGGAAAAUAUAAACAUCAGUUAACUUAUUCUAAAUACCCUUUGACCUUGGUUAGUUAAAAUAAAACACUCACUGAAAGCUGAUUAGUUCUGUUUUUUAUUUGUUACUAUUUAUUGCACAAGUCUGAACUGUAUUGGUUAAAAAAGACACACAAAAAAAUCUCUGAACAUCAAAUCAAUCAAAACGAUCACCGAACACCUUAUUAGGAUAACUAACCACAAACUGCACUGUGUCCAAAACACACACUCACUAACAUUUCACUAAACUGCACACAUCAGUUGCAUUGUAGUUUGUUUUCAUCUUUGUUUUGUUCACGAUUACAGCUGCUGUGUUUCCUUGUUUGUUUGUUUGUCUUUUUCUGUCUGUUGAACAAGACCAGCAUCAUGAUCCCAGCUCUACUGGCAGAUUUAAAUCUGCUUUCACUAACUGCACACAGAUCUAAGGAAGUUGUUGGCAGUGUGUUUGCAGUUGUUUGGUAAAAGUUGGUCCCUUCUCACAAACUUUUUCACAUAAGCAAUAAAUCUGUUUGCAGCAUUUGUGCUUAAAGGGCUUAUUCACAAUUUUGUGAAAAAACAAUAUUUACCCCCUUAUAGAUUUCUUCCAUUUGUUUGUUUUGUCACACUUAAAGGUGCAAUAUGUAAGAAUGACAUCAUGUGGCCAAAUUUGGUUACUGCAGCCUAUUUUCAAAACACACAGGGUGACUCACUUUCAUUUUGUGAGUUUCGUGACUGUUGCCGGUUACGGCUCAGCGCCAGAAGACUCUGGAUACCAAGCAAAGACGAAUCAUAUGCAGUAUAUGGAUAAAUAGUUUGUCGUAUCUGGUGUUAGCACUCUUGGGUGUUACUACACUUACUACACUGAUUACCGUAGCUUGUCUCGGGGAAUAAUGGAAGUGUGGUUGUUUUCUGUUUUGCUUUUAGCUUGCAGUUUUAUUUCUAAACAACUCAUUAAAAGGAAGUAAAAUGCC